GCCAUCCAUGCCCGGUCCUUCUUCAGCACACAGGGGCUUCCCGAAAUGAAGGCAUCCAAUGCUGGCGCUUCGGGGCGCAGGGAGGAGCCACAGCUGCUGUACGAGGACGAGGACAUGGCAGUGGUGUUGAAGCCAUCUGGCUGGUCCUGCACGCCUCAACCGGAGGGAGUUGACCCCUCCUGGGUCUGGCUGGCGCCGGCGGCUCGGCGGGCGCGCGCCGCGAAGCUGCUGGCGCAGGAGUCGGCGGCGCCUUUGCAAGGCUGGCUGCUGCUGCAGUUCGGACAUGAUCCGGCUUGUGAUGUCUGCAGGGACCAGACCCUGGACCGGGGCCUCGUUCACCGGCUGGACGUGGAGACUUCCGGUCCGAUGUUGGUUGGCAAGACCCACAAGGGCUACGAGCAUGCGCGGAACCAGAUCCUUCUCGGGGUGCUCAAGGACUAUGUGAUCCUCGUUCACGGCGGCUUCGCGCCGGACAGGGUGCGUGGGGAAUGCCACUUGGCCAUCGACACGAGCACCUACCUGGAGACGGGCAAGGUUAGUGUCGACGCCGGAGGGCAGGCUGCCUCCACGGUGUGGGAGGUGCUCGCCGAGUACCAGUCUCCGGAGACGCGCGAGAG